CUCCAUGUUCGACCUGUGAUUUCAUAAAUAUACACGCAUCUAAAAUAUAAAUUGUACCUGAUUAAAUGUAUAAGUGUAUAUGGAGUUUUAAUCAACAACAAACCAAACAUGACGCAGUCGUAUUAAACUGUUGUUGAAACGUAUGUACUAAAAAUAAAGAUCCUGGCUCUGAAAACCGGCGUGGUGUAACAUAACCUAAAAGAAAAAAAAGAAGAAAGUUUAUAACUAAAAUAAACGAGAAGUCGGAAUAUAAGACCAUGGCCAAUGCUGGACACGUAAAACUACCUCCGGAUUUUGAUCUACAAGGGCAGAAUGCUGCAAACGAAUGGAAAUUUUGGAAAGUAUCUUUCGAAGAUUACCUUGUUGCUGUUGGGCACAGCGAAGCCACAGAUGUCAUAAAACUUUCCGUCUUAAGAAUCAUAAUUGCUAAUGAUUCAGCAAGAAUAAUGACAACAUUUGCAGUCCUCAUUGAACAACAAGGAAAGUAUAAAUAUAUGAUUGAAACAAUUGAUAAAUAUGUCAACCCACGUGUAAAUGAAUGUUUUGAGAGGUACAAUUUCUUUAAAAGAAUCCAGAAAGAAGGUGAAUCCUUUGAGCACUUCCUAACAGACUGCAGAUAUUUAGUAAAAAGUUGUAAUUACAAUGGAAAUGACUCAAACGAGACUGCAGAAGAUAAGGCAUUAAGAGACAAGAUUGUAAUGGAAAUUAAGGAUCCGACAACCAGGGAAGCCCUACUGAGAAAAGACCAACUGACUCUAGAAAAGGCCAAAGCUCUUUGCAGAACCAGUGAGCAAAGUAAAUCACAAAAUCAACUAUUUAUGAACAGUGAAAAGAUCAAUGUAGUAAAAAGAAACAAGUACCGAGAAAGUAGCAAGCCAAGAAGGGAAGUGAAGAAAGAAAAAAUGGGACCAGGUGAGACAUUUCGAUGCAGGAGAUGCCAGAGAACCCAUGGACCCAGAGAAUGCCCAGCCUAUGGUAGAAAAUGUAAAAAAUGUGGAACAGAAAAUCACUUUGCCGUGGCGUGUAAGGUAAAAAAUAUUAAAAAUAUUGAAAAAGAACUAGAUUGUAGCUCCGAUAUGAGCGAUAUUUUUAUAGGUAAUGUUCAUGAUUACAACAAAAAUAUGUGUAAAUAUAAUAUGUUUGAAGAAAUUUUAGAAAUUGAAGGCAAUAAAGUUAAAACAAGGUUAGACACGGGUGCAGAUGUUAAUAUAAUUAAUACCUUUGAAGUUAUUUAAAUGUUUUAAAAGUAAGUUAAAUGUAAGGCCUACUAAUUAUGUACUAAAGGCAUUCGAGGGGACUGUGUCUAAGCCUGUUGGAACUGUAAAUCUAAACAUUAAGUAUAAAAAUAAGAGUAUAUAUGAAAAUGUUGUUAUUGUUAAUGGUGCAAAUCAGGUUCUAGUUGGAGGUCAUACUUCUUUACAUCUAAAUUUAAUUAAAAGAAUUAAUAACAUAAAGUGUAAUGACAUGACCAAAGAAGACCCGGUUAAAAUUGAGCUAGAUAGAUUAAUUAAAAUAAAUGCAAUAGUCAAAGUUGAUGUAAUAGACGCUAACGCCAGUAUCAAUAGAAUGGUAAUAGUAGAAAAAGCAAAUGGAAAAAUUAGGUUAUGUUUAGAUCCCUCCGACCUAAAUAAACAAAUUAUUAGAAAGCCCAGAGUUGGUGAGACCAUGGAAGAAAUUUGUGCAAAACUACUGAAUAAAAAAGUCUUUACAGUUUUUGACAUGUCUGAAGGGUACCAUCAAUUAGAAAUAUGCGAACGUUCAUCGUGGAAAUGCUGUUUCGCAACACCCUUUGGUAUUUACAGAUUCAAAGUCCUUCCAUAUGGAUUAUCAAACUCACAAGACAUUUUCCAGGAAGAAGUGGAAAAAAAUUGGUGAUAUUGACAACGUUGUCGUUUGUCAUGAUGACAUGGUCGUCGCGGGUAAAGAUAUGAGGGAACACGAUAGAGCUGUUAGAGCAAUCGUAGAGCGAGCAAAAAAGGUAAACGCAAAAUUUAACAAAGAAAAAUUACAAUUUCAUAGAAGUAGAAUUAAAUUUAUGGGGCAAAUUUUUUCAGAAAAGGGCAUGCAAGUAGAUACUGAUAGAGUUAAGGCAUUAAAUGAACUAGAAAGCCCAAAGAGUAAAGUAGAGUUGCAGAAAAUUGUUGGAUCUUUUAACUAUAUAAGGCGAUACGUGCAAAACAUGUCCGAGCACAUGCACCCCUUGUGUCAACUUACUAAAAAAUAACGUAGAAUGGCAAUGGUUGCCUAAACACCAAGAAUGUUUUAAAAAAUUAAAGAGUAUUGUUUGCAAUACACCGGCUCUAGUCCCAUUUGACCCAAAAUGUAAGGUAGUAUUACAAUGUGAUGCAUCCAAAAAUGGAAUAGGGUGUUGUAUGUUCCAAAAAUGUGAAAACAAUAUUUUAAAGUUAUUAGCUUGCGCCUCACGCACCAUGAAUGAACACGAAAUUAAUAGCCAAACAGAAAAAGAACUAUGGCACUCAGAAAUUUCACAAUUUUAUAUAUAGGUUAGAAGUAGAUGUUCAAACCGACCACAAACCAUUGAUACCGAUAAUGAAAAAACCUAUCUGCAAAAUUGAUUGAGGCACUACACAAAGGACACAUAGGCGCUAAUAAAACCAUACACAGAGCAAAAUCAAUAUUCUUUUGGUCCAACAUGAACAAAGAUAUUUUCGAAUACAUAAAAAAAUGCAGAACAUGCGAAAUGUACAUGCCAAACAACCGCAGAGAACCCAUGCUACCACACGACAUACCAAUGUUAAGGUUUAAUAAAAUCGGCACUGACAUAUUAGAAUUUGGCAACAAUGCAUACCUAGUCAUGGUAGACUAUUUUUCACACUGGAUCAAAAUAUGUAAGCUACAAAGCAAAAGGUCAGAUGCAGUAAUAGAGGUAAUGCAGAACACCUUUACCAGGUUCGGUUACCCUCAGUACAUUAUAGCAGAUAAUCUACCAUUCACUUCUAUUAAAUGUAAAGACUAUUACAGGAACAAAGAUAUAAUCAUUAUGACCUGUUUACCACACUAUCAUCAAAGCAAUGGGCUGGCUGAAAAAGCUGUUAAUAUAGGAAAACAAAUCCUUAAAAAAUGUCUCCACGAGAAAUCGGACUAUUGGGAAUCAGUUUUGGAAUACAAUAAUAGUCCUAUUCUUAGCCUAAACGCAUCACCAGCACAAAUCCUAAACAGUAGAGUCCUAAGAACACAGCUGCCUACAUGUGAGUACAUACUACAACCAAAAAUACAAGAGCAUGUAUACAAAGCGUUAUGUAACCAGAAGGAUAAAGUAAAAUCAUAUUAUGACAAACACAAUAAAAGAAAAACUAUAGAAUACAAAAAAGGGGACGACAUAGUCAUUAAAAGUAGUAUAGACAAAAUCUGGCACAAAGCGACAGUAGUAAAUAAAGCAAAUGAACCAAAAUCUUAUUGGGUAAGAAAACAAAACAAUAACCGUGUAGUAAGACGCAAUGUCACUCAAAUGAAACCCUCUAGAAAAAAAAAACAACAUGAUUGACACAUAUCUCGAGCGUGAAUUGUAUCCUACAGCAGAUGAAGCCAGUCUAACAAAUAACAUAGAUAAGAAUCCUACUAAUAAUGUUCAACAACCUGAUAAUAAUAUAUUGCUUAAUAGUCCACUUAGAAAUAAUCCCAAUGAAAAUUUGUUAACCCAAAGUGUAAAUGACAACACACAACAGAGAUCAAAGUAUGGGCGUCAAAUUAAACCACCACCACGCAUUGAUCUUUGAGGGGAAGGUAAGAUAAUCUGUAGAAUAAAUGUUAUAUUUAAGAUAUGUAUGUUGGAAACACUGUAUCACUAGAUUAAGUAUGUAACGUUGGCAACACUGCCAUAUGUCACACUCUCCAUGUUCGACCUGUGAUUUCAUAAAUGUACCCGCAUCUAA